CGUUUGCUGAUCACGCUUAUGAAAAAUUCAUAUUAACCAAAUUCAUCUCUUCUAGCUAGCUUCUGCAUCUCAAACAUGGGUAGCCAGCCCGAAUCUCCAUUGUUGCCACAACACCAUAACAAACCCACGUACGCCGCCGCCGGCGUCGUCUUCCCCAAACCCACCGAUCCUCCGCCUCCGCCAUCAACAACAUCCCUGCCACCUUCGCCGCCGGUUGAUAACGAUCAUUGUAACGACGUUAAACCAGAACCCGUAUUUGAUUGUUCACCCCGCUGUCUCCGUGUCACCACCGUCCUCGGCGUACUCCUGCUCAUCGGCAUUCCCAUCUAUUACGUGAUAGAAGACCAAUUGGCACCCUACUCACCCAACGCCGACGUCGUUUCAGCCUUCGUGUCAAUAAAAAAAUCAAACACCAGUAAUGGGCCGGCCUUGGGCCGGUUAACAGCCAAUUGGGCCUUCACUCUCCAUCUCGACCACUCGCUCCCUUGCUGUCAGGCCGUGUACCCGUACCGAGUCGAGGCUUCCGUUUAUCACCACGCUGACGGCGGUGAGGGCCCGGCCCGUGACCGGCACGUGCUGGCGUCGACUCGUCAGUUUGCGGGGUUGAGCGUUGACCCGAAGGUGGACGAUCUGACUUUUUUUAUUCAGUUGGGAGCGGAAGGAGCGGACGUCGGGGAGAAUGUGACGGCGGCCAUUUAUAGGGAUCUGGCCGAAUUGGAACAGAAUCGGUUGCGGUUCAGAGCUGUGAUUCUGGUUUGGGUGAGGAUCGAACCGUAUAACUUCGGAAGCCGGUAUUAUUUGGCUCGGAUUAGUUGCGACCCGUUCUGGACCGGUUCGGCUAGUAUUGCGGGCAAGUCCCUCAAUUAUAACAAGAAAUGUCAAGUCCACGUGAUUGAACAAAGCCAUCCGAGUUUCUUGGACCAAAAUCGAACAAGACUGAACACUACAACAAUAUAAGCGGGAAGUGAAGCUCUGAGUUGCGCAAGUGUUGUUUUUAGUACUACGUCUGAAUUUUUGUAAAAGUAAUGGAAAUAUGGAGAUGAAUGUUGGUUUUAGAUCUGAUCUUAUAGUAAGGAGUUGAGGAUGUUAGAUGGAUAAUUUAUUUAGAGGUUUGUUUGGCAAGCAUGUAUUCUAAAUGGAUGUUCAGGAUACAUACUUUAUUUUCUUUUUCAUGUUUUGUACGAAUGUUUGGUAUUCAACUCCUCAUUUAAUAGAAUG